CAAACAAAUGUGAUGUGUUUUGAAAUUUAACAAAUUGUUGCAAAAGUUCUUAAAAUAAUUAAAAUUUAAUAUCUUAUUUAUUAAUUAGAUUAAAAAUAUAAAAAAAAACAAAAUGGUUUGUGCUCUAGGCAUAGAAGGCAGUGCCAAUAAAAUUGGUAUAGGCAUAACCAAAGAUGGUGAAGUUUUGGCGAAUGUUAGAAAAACCUACAUUACACCGCCCGGCGAAGGUUUUCUUCCUAAAGAAACUGCAAAACAUCACCGUGAACAAAUCUUGGGCUUAAUUAAAGACGCUUUAAAAGUAGCUAAAAUAUCAGCACAAGAUUUAGAUGUGAUUUGUUAUACUAAGGGACCUGGUAUGGCGCCACCUUUAUUAGUUGGCGCCAUAGUGGCUCGUACAUUAUCGCUACUGUGGCAAAAGCCUUUGUUGGGUGUUAACCAUUGCAUUGGCCACAUUGAAAUGGGUCGUUUUAUAACUGGCGCCAAAAAUCCCAUUGUUUUGUAUGUUAGUGGCGGCAAUACACAAGUUAUUGCUUACUCUAACAAAAGGUAUCGUAUUUUUGGUGAGACCAUCGAUAUUGCAGUUGGUAAUUGUUUGGAUCGUUUUGCCAGAAUAAUUAAAUUGUCGAAUGACCCCAGUCCAGGUUAUAAUAUUGAACAACUGGCCAAGGAGGGUAAACAGUUUGUGAAACUGCCAUAUGUAGUAAAAGGUAUGGAUGUCAGUUUUUCAGGCAUAUUAUCACACAUUGAAGAAAUUGCCGAUCCCUCAAAGAGACGCAAUAAACGCAAGAAAAUUGAUGAACCGGAAGAACCAGAAUAUACAAAAGCCGAUCUAUGUUAUUCCCUGCAAGAGAACAUAUUUGCCAUGUUAGUCGAGAUAACAGAAAGAGCCAUGGCUCACUGUGAAUCUAAUGAGGUACUUAUUGUGGGCGGCGUAGGUUGUAAUGAACGCCUACAGGAUAUGAUGCGUAUUAUGUGUCAAGAAAGAAAUGGCAAACUAUUUGCCACCGAUGAAAGUUAUUGCAUAGAUAAUGGUUUAAUGAUAGCUCAUGCUGGUGCUGAAAUGUUUAAAGCGGGCAGUCGUAUGGAGUUCGAUGACUCCUUUGUAACGCAAAGAUAUCGCACCGAUGAAGUGUUGGUGACAUGGCGCGACGAUUAGUUAUGCAAAAUUUAACAUUUUCAAAAUAAAGGACGUUUUUCAAGAAAUUUCAAGUAACAAAACAA